AUGGCUUUUACCUUUGGAGGCGCGAGUGGUAGUGGAGGUCAGAAUGGAACAGGAAAUGGGACUUCGAAUGGUUCAUCAAAUCCCGGCCUGCCAAAGCCGGGUGGCCCCUUUGGAGUUGCACCUGGUACUUCAUCGCCCUUCGGUCAACAACCAGCGACAUCACAGCCACCAUCUAGCGGUCUCUUUGGCAACAUUAGCAGCACUUCAAGCACUGGUACCCCCCCUGCGCCAUCGUUCUUUGGAGGAGGAACUACGGGGUCCAACCCAGGCUCUGGGACAUCAACACCGUCGCUCUUCGGAAGCAGUACUGGAAAUGCUCCUGCCGGAGGUGCUUUUGGGAAGCCAGCAGGUACAACUGGCGGGGCGGGCUCACUGUUUGGCGGAGCCGGCCAGUCCACGCCUUCUUUCGGCGGCGGAGCCUUCACGUUCGGACAGAAGAAGGAUGAAGGUGGAGCAUCGAGCCCUGCGGCGAGCAAGGAGAACAACACAGGAGGAACAUCUACCCCGAGCAUAUUUGGAGGCCUGAACAAACCAACAGGACAGAACAUGUUUAGUGGGAGUUCAUCUACGAGUGCUUCCACAUCUGCACCAGCAGGAUCAACGACUCCAGCCCCGAGUAAACCCUUCAUGAGCUUCGGCAACUCUACGACUCCUGCCGGUCCUCCCCCUACAGAUAAUACUUCAAAACCUACUGGAAGCAACCUCUUCGGCCCUACAGGUUCACAAACCCCACUAUUUGGAGUAUCCAAACCUUCGGAUCCGGCCCAGACUCCUGCAAGCAGUGCCUCACCAUUUACCGGCGCUUCGGCAACUUCUGAUGGCCUAUUCGGUGGAGCAAAGCCUGCUGGGCCAAGUAACUUAUUCAGUGGCCUAGGCUCAUCUACUCCAGCUACUUCUGGCCCUACAGCCACGCCUAUAACUGCCUCCAAUCCCUCAAAGCCAACAUUCAGCUUCCAAAGCAGCACCCCUACAUCACAACCUUCGUCAUCAGCUCCGCCUGCUGGCAAUCUCUUCGGUACUCCAAAUUCAACGGCAACCUCUACUACCCCAGCUACCGGUGGAAACCUCUUUUCCGGCCUCAAUAACCCACCAGCCUCUUCUGCUCCUUCGUCAACCCCUAGCUUGUUCGGUGGCGCAUCUGCAAUAACAACCACAGCCCCGAGUACAACCGCUCCUCCUGCAACAUCAACUCCGGGUAUCUUCGGCGGUUUAGGUGGAAACACCACUUCAAACGCAGCGCCUGGAACCUCUGCCCCGGGUAGUUCUGCACCAGCACCAAGUUUGUUUGGAGCCAAACUAGCGGCCAGUGAAACUACACAAUCGUCUGCACCACCUGCUUCUUCAACCUCUGCUCCAGCUCCAUCUGGCACAGAUGCAACAGCUAAUCAGCCCCCGGCUAACGGCCCAAGCCUUGGAGCGUCAACGAGUGGCCCCAACCCACAAUCAGCUCGCCUGAAGAAUAAGACCAUGGACGAGAUUCUCGGUCGCUGGGCGAGUGAUCUUUCAAAGUACCAGUUAGAUUUCAAGGAGCAGGCCGAAAAGGUUGCACAAUGGGAUAGGCUAAUGGUAGACAAUGGAGACAAGAUUCAGAAGCUUUACCACAGCACUUGGCAAGCCGAGAAGGAUAGCGCGGAAAUCGAGCGACAACUUGCGAAUGUCGAGGGUCAACAAGACGAGUUGGCUGCUUGGCUCGACCGGUACGAAGGCGAGGUUGAUGAGAUGUUUGCACGUCAAAUUGGCCAGGGGGAUACGCUUCAAGGUCCAGAUCAAGAGCGAGAGCGAACUUAUAAGCUUGCUGAAAAGUUGACGGAUCGACUUGACGAUAUGGGCAAGAAUCUUACCAGCAUGAUUGACGCGAUCAAUGAAGCAUCGACCACUUUGAGCAAGACGAGCAAAACAGAUGACCCGCUCUCGCACAUCGUCAGAGUCUUGAACAGCCAUCUUACGCAACUGCAAUGGAUUGAUGAGAACGCAAUGGCACUGCAAGCGAAGGUAGCUGAAGCUCAGAAGGUUGGACAGGGUCUUGGAUCGAAUGGAUAUGGCGGUCACGAGAAUGACUUGACGGAAUCGUUCUACCGCUCAGUGACCCGGAAAUGA